CCAGACCGUCUUCAUGGUUCCUACCACUGGAACAUUGAACGUGCUGCUUCAGUUGCUUUAGUUCCUUUGAUUGCAACACAACUCACUUAUGGUGCAUCACCUGUUACUGACACUCUCUUGGGUGUUGUUCUUCCUCUUCACCUUCAUAUUGGAUUUGAUGCCUGUAUUACUGAUUAUUUCAAUGCCCGUAAGAGUGUCAUUUUGAACAAGUUGAUGACGGGUACUUUAUGGGCCAGUACAACCGGUGUUCUUAUUGCUUGUUAUCAAUUCAACACAAAUGACAUUGGACUCACUGAAUUCCUUAGCAAAGUUUGGGCUGCUUAA